GCGGCGCAGACCUUGGUCUCUGGUCAUGGAAGGGUCUAGCGAGCCGCGGCUGGAUGCUAAGUCCCAGGUCACCAACCAGCUUAUAGAUUUUCAAUGGAAACUGGGAAUGGCUGUGAGCUCAGACAGUUGCAGAUCUCUCAAGUAUCCUUAUGUGACAGUGAUGCUCAAAGUGGCAGAUCACUCAGGCCAAGUGAAGACCAAGUCCUUUGAAAUGACAAUUCCACAGUUUCAGGUUUGUGAUUUAACUCAUUCAGCUUUAGUUCAUUUUUCUAAUUUCUACAGACAGUUCAAGGAAAUUGCUGCAAUUAUUGAAACUGUAUGAAAAUGGAUUAUUUGGUUGAUAAAUUGCUAUCAUCAUUCUAAAAUCUUGAACUUCAUUUUCUGCAACAAAACCGCAUAAGGAUCAAAUGAUAUUUAUUGAAUGAAAAUUGCACUUUGGUUUUUUUCACUUUUUUAAAUAAUAAAAUACUCAAACAAGAAUAGAUAGUGGUCAUUGAAGCAGAACUUUGUCAAGGCACUAAAAAGGAUUGAAUUGAAUACUUUACAGAGUGUACUUUGUGGUAUAUGAAUUAUAUUUCCAAAAAAUCAAACAGGUGAAUGAAUAAUAUUGAAGGCAAUGCACAUUUAUGUAUUAGAACCAUAGUCUUAAAAUGUACUAGUUAUGGAACCCAUUUUAUAAGCAAAUUGUACAUGGAGUCCUACAUAUUGGGUUGAUGCAUUAAGUUCAUAGCAUCAUUCACUUGCCCAUGGAAUACAAAUGUCAAAGGAUGGUUGACUGGUCACAGUCAUCAUUUUUGCCAGUUUUUAGGUUGACUGAUGUGGAUCAUCAUGGAUUAAAGCAUUUAAAUGAUCUUCAUCAAGGCUCAGUGGUCUUCUUGAACAUGGAGAAUCCCUCAGGUCAAAGUGGCCCUCUUUGAAAUGACAAAACUAUUUUCUUGCUGUGCUUUCCCCGAUGGCAUUCUUCCCGUACACAGCACAAAUGUUUUGAAUCACCUCUGCUACCUUUACUCCUCUGUUGACCUCAAACAGAAUAUGUUGGAAGUGUUUUUUUUCCACUUGACACUCCAUCUUCUUUAGCUCACAAGUAGCACUAACUUUUGUCAAAUCUGUAAAAUGCAAGUUGUAUUCACUAGCACGUUAUCACUCCAAAUGACAAUCUCCCAACAUAGCAGUGUUGACAUGCCACAGAUUUAUGCAUCAGUCUAAUAUAAAAUAUAAAUGAACUAGAAAAGUACUAUUUGAUUAGGAUAGCUUUACAAAUUUAAUUUUAUGACAUUCACCUAUUAACAGCAAUCAGUGAGAAGAAUGAGGCUUCUUUUCUCUCCGUUAUCCUGUAUGAAGUCAAACAUUCAAUUGUUAUUGUUGUAGAAAGUUCAAAUAAAAGUGUGGGUUUGGAAAGA